CAGACGCCGCCGCUGCCCCCGGGGACAGGCGAGGAGCGGCGCCGGGACCGUCGGGCAGUGAUGGGCGCGGGCACGGAGAGCGGCGUCUGCCCCCGGUUGCUGACCUGGGAGGAGGUGCAGAGGCACAGCAGCCGCGCUGACCGCUGGCUGGUCAUCCACAGGAAGGUGUACGACAUCAGUCAGUUCAGCCACAGGCACCCGGGAGGGUCGCGGGUGAUCGGCCACUACGCCGGACAGGACGCCACGGACCCGUUCACGGCGUUCCACAUUAACCAGAGCCUGGUGAGCAAGUACCUGGGCUCCCUGCUGAUUGGUGAGCUGGCCCCAGCCGAGCCCAGCGUGGAGCGAUGGAAAAGUGCCUCAGUGACGGGAGAUUUCCGGGAGCUGCGUGCCGUGGUGGAGAGCUCUGACCUCCUCAGCCCCAACAAGCUGUUCUUCGCAGGAAUGCUAGCGCACAUCCUGCUGUUAGACGUGACAGCCUGGAUCACCCUCUGGUACUUCGGUACCUCCUAUUUACCCUUCCUGAUCAGCACAUUGUUGCUGGGCACCGUGCAGGCUCAGGCUGGCUGGUUGCAGCACGAUUUCGGGCACCUCUCUGUCUUCAGUAAAUCAAAGUGGAACCACCUUGUCCACCAGUUUGUCAUUGGCCACCUGAAGGGGGCCCCUGCCAGCUGGUGGAACCACAUGCAUUUCCAGCACCACGCCAAACCCAACUGCUACCACAAGGACCCCGACAUCAACAUGCACCCCCUCCUCUUCGUCCUGGGCAAGAAGCUCUCCGUUGAGGUGGGAAAGCAGAAGAUGAGGCACAUGCCGUACCAGCACCAGCACCGAUACUUCUUCCUCAUCGGGCCGCCAGCUUUGCUGCCCCUGUAUUUUCAGUGGUAUAUCUUUUACUUCGCUGUGCAGCGCAAAAAGUGGGCGGACCUGGCCUGGAUGAUCUCAUUCUAUAUCCGUGUCAGCCUGACCUACAUCCCGCUGCUCGGGAUCCAAAGCUUCCUGGUGAUGUUCUUCCUCAUAAGGUUUAUAGAGAGUAACUGGUUUGUGUGGGUGACACAAAUGAACCACAUUCCGAUGAACAUUGACCACGAUCAGAAGGAAGAUUGGCUGACCAUGCAGUUACACGCUACCUGCAAUGUACAUCAGUCCCUGUUCAACGACUGGUUCACAGGUCAUCUCAACUUCCAGAUAGAACACCACCUCUUCCCCACGAUGCCGAGACACAAUUUCCACAAGGUGGCGCCUCUGGUGCGGUCACUGUGUGCCAAGCACGGGCUGGACUAUCAGUCCAAGCCCCUCCUGAUGGCCUUCGCAGACAUAGUGCACUCGCUGAAGGAGUCGGGGGAGCUGUGGCUGGACGCUUACCUGCACAAGUGAUCAGUGCAGGAGCUGCUAACCGUCGCCUCUGCCUUGCAAAAAAAGCUUCCGGAACCUCUCCCCCUGGCCUGGGCUCAGAUCCCCGUUACAGGAUCAAUGUAACCAUCACCGCAGUGGGAGCUUGGGAACCAUUGGGGCUAACUACCGCCCUAGGCUGAGCUCCAGCCAGACUGCAGCCCUGGUUAUAUGGAAGAGAAUGUUCCCUGGUGCCAGCGAGGGU